AUGUCGGCCUCACAGGUGUACGAGCGAUCUCGCUUCGCAAACGAGCUGGGAGCCGCCGUCAACGUCAGCCCCAAUGCUGCCCCGGUCCUGGACGCCAUCGGCUUUGACCGGAAAAGGGCCAGACUGGUGAAAGUGAUGGAGGGGAAGCAGUUUGAUGGUGCCACCCUAGAGACGAAUUCGAGCGGUAGAUACGACGACUUCAAGUCCAGGUUCCACGCCCCACUCGCCCUGGAUCCCCCCGACGGCGUUACCCCCGCCACUCUGCACCUGUCUUCGCCCGUCGCGUCCAUCGACUGUGAGGCCGGCCUCUUGAAGCUUCAAGAUGGGACCGAGCUACAGAAAGACCUCAUUGUAGGCACUGGUGGUCUUCACUCCGUCGUGGCCCGUAGCGUUCUCGGCACCGACUUCCCUGUCGGCGUCGUAAACGAGUGCGCGUAUCGGUUCCUCAUUCCAACCUCCAAGCUUCUCGGCAACCCAAUCACCAAGCCUCUCUUCCAGGAAGACGUGGAGACCUUUCAUGUUGUCACGGGUUCCGACAGGAGGCUGAGAGUCAAUAGUCCCACCCCACAACCAUCACGAAGUAUAGUCAGCUGCUUUCGGCGCCGUGUACUCUUGAUUUUGACUGAUAGGCUUGAGCCUUCCACCAGUAGCCAUGUACAAAACUUUGUUGCCUUGCACCAGAGUUCUGUGUACAAAAAGGGCCUGGCUGCAAAUGAAGACUGGCACGGAGGAGGCAAUGUCGACGACUUGUUGGAGACAUACUCUGGGUUCCACCCUUCCCUGGUUGAGAUUUGCCGCCACUCGCCCGACUACGCAAGCUUGUGGCUCAAAACCCUACGUGAUUUGUCUGACAUGGCCGCGGGAUGGAUUAGCAACGCCGAGGAUCUGAAGCUGUGGCGGCAUGCGUACCGUGGGCCCAUUCGUCAGUGGGCCCGCGGCAAGGCAAUUCUCAUCGGAGACGCUGCUCAUCCGAUGCUUCCACUAUCCUCCAUUCUCUGA